AUGGCUGACAAGGAAACUCCAGCGUUGGAUCGAAGCCUGCAACAACUGUGUUUUGGGGAGAGCAUUACGUUUGUAGAUGACAUCGUAUGCAGUGACGGCCCUGUGUUCUUAGCGAUGCGUAGACUUUUUAACAAGGUUGACUGCAAAGACUUGGCCGAUUUGGUUAUGAAGCUACCUGUAAGUGCUGUGGUGGCCCGCUUCGCAAACGCUCCACAAGAAGCUGAGAAGUGCAGCCUAGAGAGACUUUUCCAAGAGUGCUUUUACUCGGGCUUCCCAGAUAUUAUCGAGUGGAUUCCACCGGACGUCUCUGAAUCUCUCCCGAGUUGGUUGACAGACACGUGCUCUGGAGUGCAGGAAGCAACUACACUCACACCAAGCCUUCGGCAGAAGACGCCAUACAACCUGGCAUCUAGCUUGCCAAGGGUCCUUCCUGAUAUUUUAAUGUGUCCCACGUGUACGUAUGGUCUGCCAAGUCCUGUUUUGCCUGGAGAGACAGGAGACACCGCAACUGUCCAAAACGCCGAGAUUACGGUGGAGAAUGAAUUUGCGCGCCGUGCAAUACUUUUGUGGGCGAAGUUGGGCAGAAAAACGCGACGCACUGUAAAGACUGGCUCGCCUAUUGGCAGUGAAGCGAGUGAUCACAAGAUUGUGUCAUCUUCAGUGGACGUCCCGUGGGGCUUCAUCGUUCCGGGAGGUAGAUUCAGAGAAAUGUACUACUGGGACUCUUAUUGGAUUGUUCGAGGCCUUCUGUACAGUGGCAUGAUUUCCACAGCACGAGGAAUCAUACUCAAUUUCGCUGAGCUUGUGAGGAGAUUUGGAUUUAUCCCAAACGGAAAUCGUUCGUACUACCUGACCCGCAGUCAGCCUCCAGUCUUCAGUAUGAUGCUAUCGGCGUACUAUGCAUUCACUGGAGAUCUUGAGCUUAUUCGCGACACUUACCUUUACGUGCAACGUGAGUACUUUUACUGGAUGGAAGGCGACUCACGCCAAGUGCACGUCACUUUCGAAGGGAGGGAUCUGCAGCUGAAUCGUUAUCUUGGCCAUAUCGCGGAGCCACGAACAGAAUCCUGGGACACUGACGAGACAGUAGUUCGAACUGCAGCAGAGAAAGCCCGUCAGAAUGGCAAUCAUGAGUUCUCUGCUGCUACGCGUUCCUGCAUACUGCAAAAUAUUCGAGCAGCGGCUGAGUCGGGGUGGGAUUUCUCAUCGCGUUGGGUUCCAGAUGACGUCGAUGCAGUAACUGAAGGGGUGAUGCCCGCCCUCCGUUCAGAAUCAUUUCUGCCAGUGGAUUUGAACAGGCGCGUUCCAAGCCCUAAGUGCUGGAAGGAAAGCACAGCGCUUGCAGGCAACGCAUAG